CAGCAAGAAAUCUCCACAAUUACCUCCUGCUCCCUCCCCCGUAUCACUACCGACGAGCUCUAAGCCCUCCACCUCAUCGUGAUGGCUGCCACCGCCACCCUCGGCCUUGUCAACCUCCUUCCGAAGCGUAAUGGAAACCGUUCCUCUGGUCUCAAGCCAUUCCCUAAUCCCCGGCCGCCCUGCCUGCCCCGCCUCCCCUCCGCCCCUCGCCCCCAUCUGCCCUCUCCGGCCCUCCCACUCCUCUCCGAUGCCCCUUCCAUCCUCCCCGCCGCCGCCGCCGUCGCCUUCUCUCUUCCUCUCUUCUUCCACCCUCAGGACGCGCUUGCCCUGGACGGGGAGUUCGGAAUCUUGGAAGGGCGGACCUUUGCGUUGGUCCACCCAGUGGUGAUGGGCGGCCUGUUCUUCUACACGCUAUGGGCAGGGUAUUUGGGGUGGCAGUGGCGGCGGGUCCGCACCAUCCAAAAUGAGAUCAAUGAGCUCAAGCAGGCGGCCCCAGCUGCCCCCAUGACCAUCGCCGCUGGAUCUGACGCCGAAGCUUCGCCUCCGGCAUCUCCGACUCCUGCGGAGGCAAAGAUUCAGCAGCUAACCGAGGAGAGGAAGGCGCUGUUGAAGGGCUCAUAUAGGGAGCGGCACUACAAUGCGGGCUCGAUACUGCUGGGGUUCGGCGUGUUGGAGGCGGUGGGUGGAUGCCUCAAUACGUGGAUUCGGACAGGGCAGCUCUUCCCGGGCCCUCACUUGUUCGGUGGCGCUGGAAGGAAAUAAGUCAGAGGGUCAAAGUGAAGAAAACAAGGAUUCUGCAUGGACUUGGUUUUCUAGGAGUGAGAUCUAGAGAUCAUACCCAUGGCUGUUCGUUUACACUAUGGGGGAGCAGAGAAGUUUGGUCUUUUUUAUUCCAAUAAUUUGGCCAUCUAUUGUAUCAAGGGAAAAAAAGACAACCUUUAUUUAUGCUUUAAAUAUGUUUGAAUUUUUUGGAAAAUCCUUCAAUUCAUAACCUUGUGAAACCAUAUUAUAGAGUUAUUUAGAUUUCCAAAACUUGAUUUGGAAUUGCUUGACAUUUCUUUUACUUAUCUAUCUCUAGUUUCGGUCUUAUUCUUAUGACACUACGAGUCAAAAAUAGGAUCCCAAAUAACCAUUUAAGUAGCCAUUAAAUGUAAAAAGAAAAGUUCUUUAAGAGUAACAAAAAUGUCAAAGAUAAUGACUUGUUGGGAGGACAAUCCUGUUGCAAGACCUAGAUUACUUUGAGUUCAGAUACUCUGUUGUAUAGUUCAUGAGCACAAGUGCAGCACACUCCUCCCAAUAUCCAGACCACCUAUCCAGUGGUUUCAUGUAUCUUAGGGAGAUCCGGAUAGAUGCAGUAUGGCAGAUGAUCGACCUAAUCGAGUGUGUCAAAUAUGCUCCAGCAGUAAAUGGUUUCACUGUCCAAGUUCACCCCAACUCCUUGAGCUAAAAGAAAAGAUUAUUGAUUUCCUCGCUAGUCAUCACAUAACAGAAUUUGUCGAUUUAGCAGAGCUUGACGAAACUGAACGAAACACACUGAUUUUUAUCUUAAUCGAAAUUUCAACAUUGUUUUAGUCAGUAGCACAUGGUGAACUUGAGGCGGUAGUCUUAGGCACUUUCAUGGGGCUUGUGGAAUAGGAUAUUUAUAGAUACCAGAGACGAUCUUUUUUUCUUCAAGGAGACUGUUGCAAAUGAAAGGCAUUCAGUUUCAUCACAGACGAAAAUAUAUUUUUAUCUUUAAUUUUGAUUAACUAUCAUUGUUGUGAAUGCUGAUCAAUUUGCUUUUGCUAAGCACUUUUGAUUCUAAGUGAUCAUAUCUAGCUUAAACUUAACCCAGCACUUGUAGAUGCAGCUGUAAGGAACUCUUCAAAUCACUAACAAAUGGAAACCGUCAUCCAUUGUUUUGGAAUUUCGACACAUGCCAGCUACUGGAAGCACUAAAACAGUUGGGAUUUUUCAAAAAAUUAGAGCUUUCUUACAUUGGAACUUUAUAUUGAUCCAGAUAUAACGAAGAUAAGCAACUUGGUUGUAGUUUAGGGCUCUGAAGAAUGAGGUCUCUGAAUUUGUUGUCAGUGUAAGGUUCUGAAGAACAAGGUAAAUGAUAAAUAAGAUGGUGAUAAGACUUAGCUUAUAUGUGUAAGUUUGGUUUCACAUUGUAAAUGUAAAAGAUGAAAAGAGAGGUGAAUACCCGAAAGGAGUCGAGAUUGCUUCAACUAUGACAAGGUUAAUGCAAAAAGUCAUCCAUGAAUUCCAUGAUGAACAAAAGACUUGUGCUUCCUUCUGUGGAUUUCACCGUGUGGUCAGAAACAGUCCGAUGUUACAGUAGUAGUGAUGGGUAAUAUGGACCAUCAUGCAAAAGUAGCCUAUUCUUAGAUACUCCAAGUUGUUCCCAUGUCUCAUCACAUUGAGGGGCCUUUGUUGCUAGUCCUGAUUGGAGACAUCUCUACUUCUCUGUCGGUAUCCAAGGUACAAAUUUUAGGAUUUUGUGAUGGUAUUUGUGAUCCGUGGAUUUCCAUGACAACUGUGAUUAUGUUAA